AUGCGUCUUGGAUUGAAACUGAAAAAAGAAUCAAAGCCUCCUUAAGAAUAACAAUAAGAAUAGCAAAAUUAAGAAUUCAAAUUUGAAUUCAUUUUCUUCAAUUCUAAUUCAUAAUAAUAAUAGUUUGAUAAUCAAGAUUCAAAUUAAUUUAAGUUAGUUAUCUAAAAUAAGAGUACUAAAGAAUAAAUGAUCAUCCUAAAAGAUUAUGUUUAUAUUGGAGAAACUCAAAAUAAUAAAAUGAAUGGAAAUGGUAAAAUCUACAUAAAGCAAUAUGAUGCAUAUUGCAAUAACAAUUAUUUUGUUUAUGAAGGUUAAUUUAAAAAUGACUAAAUCGAUGGUAAAGGAACAGAAUACUAUGGAAAAACAAAUAAUAAAAAAGUAGAUGGAGUUUUCCAAAAAUUUUCCUUGGUUGAAAAAUUCUAAGAAUAUAAUUAAGAUGGGAGCAUACUGAUUAAAUAACAAAAUUUGUAAUAGUCAAUGCUGCAAUAAUCCUUCAUUCAAGAGGAUCGAAGUACCAAUAAAACAUUUAGAAUCAAAUCAGGAUUCAAACAAACACCACCUUAACCUUAAUAAUAAAAACCAUAAGUUAAAUAGAAUGAUAAAUGGACCAAGUUUGACGUUGAAUUAAGUAAAGAUCAUCUUUCGUCUCUUUUGUCAGAAAAGGCCAUAAAUGAUUCAAUCGUAGAAGCAUAUCUUAAUUACAUUAAUUAUAUUGAUUCAGAUAGGUUCUUUAAUCUAAAGUCACUAGCUGAAAUAUAAGUUUAUAAAAGAACUCUCAUUAUUCCUUAUUUCUUAUUUGAAUAACAAAAAAUAGAUAUACUUAAUUAUUUUGCUGAAUUUUCUUAUCUUAAAGGAUAAUUUUGGUUAGUCUAUCAACAAAUCUUUGCUAUUGUCAAUACUAAUGGUCAUUGGAUUCUACUAUAAUUAUGUUUUGAGGGUUAGGAUAUAAAAAUGAAAGUGUAUGAUAGUUGUUCAAAAAAGAAGGCAAUAUUUUAUGUUACAACUUGCAAACAUGUAUGGAAUGUGAUUGAACCAAUCAUCAAAUAAUAUAAUUUGACAAUCUCUUGGAAGUCAAAAGAUAUUAUUGUAUCUGAAUGUCCUUAAUUAGCUUAACCAAACGAUUCUGGUAUUUUCGUCUGUGCCUAUUUAAAAUAUUUGAUUUCAAAUAUUAGCUUAGAUUAAAUUACAUAGGAAGUAAUUAAUAAUAUAAGAAAAACAGAAUUAUUUAAUGUUGUUAAAAAGGAAAAAUGA